AUGGGUAAAAGAAUUAGAGUUCAAAGAAAAGGUAAAGGCUCAAUCUAUAAAUCAAAUACUGUUGGAAGAAAAGGACCUUCUCACUUAACAAAAUUAGAUAUUUCUUCAUACUAUAACUUAACUAAAGGAAUAAUAACAGAUAUUGUUCAUGAUAAAGGUAGAGGCGCUCCUUUAGCCUUCGCAGAUUUUCAAAGAAAAAAUUCAUCAAAAAUUCAAAAAGAAAUUUUUAUAGCUUGUGAAGGAAUGUAUACAGGUCAAAUUAUAACUUGUGGUUCUAAAGCUCCUUUGUUCUUAGGUAAUAUUAUCCCUGUAGGUAAAAUGCCUGAAGGUUCAACUCUAUGUAAUCUAGAAUUAAAAAGAGGUGAUAGAGGAAAAUUAAUAAGAUCAUCCGGUAUGUUUGGUACUAUAGUAACUCAUAAUUUAGAAGAUAAAACAACUAAAAUAAAACUCCCUUCAGGUAUAAAAAAAACAAUUAACUCCAAAUGUCUCGCUAUGUUAGGUCAAGUAGCUGGUACUGGAAGACUAGAAAAACCAUUACUUAAAGCUGGUAACUCCUACUAUAAAUAUAAAACAAAAAAGAAAUGCUGACCUGUAGUCAGAGGUGUUGCAAUGAAUCCAGUUGAUCAUCCCCAUGGUGGUGGUAAUCAUCAACAUAUAGGUAAACCAAGUACUGUUAGUAGACAUGCUCCUCCAGGAUAGAAAGUAGGUCUAGUAGCUGCAAGAAGAACUGGUCGUAUAAGAGGUGCAAGAAAAAUUAAAUCAGAUCAAUAA